AUGGUCCGCAAUCUUGUCGUCAUCGGGGGCACCUCCCAUCCCCAGUUGACUCAGACCAUUUGCGGCGUACUUGGCAUUCCCCCAGCCGAUGUCCUGCUCUCCAAGUUUGCCGUGGGUGAGACCCGGGUUGAGAUCCAAGAGUCUGUUCGUGGAAAGGACGUCUAUAUCAUCCAGUCCGGCGGUGGUAAGGUCAACGACCACCUGCUGGAGCUCCUCAUCACAAUCUCCGCCUGUAAGACGGCCUCGGCGCGACGAGUGACGGCCGUUCUUCCUCUCUUCCCCUACUCUCGCCAGAGUGACAUCCCAUACGACAAGGCGGGAGCUCCCCUCGUCAAGUCCUCCGUGCGGGACCGCCCCAACAAUGGUUACACUUUUGAGAGCACUCCCUCCACCCCGGGGCCUGGCAUGAAAACUGAGGGCCUGGGUUUGCUGAACAGCAUGGACAACCUGCAGAAGAGCCUCGCGAAGGCCCAGCUUGAAGAGAGCAAUGGCAGUCCGGUAAAACGGCGUCCCGGGAACGGUCUUCCGCGGAGUGACACUGCUGACUCUCUCAAGUCUCUGACCACCAACGGCGUGCCGGAGGACACCGCCAGCAGUGCGUCCACCUCCUCCAAGAUCAACUCUUUCCAGCCACGCCCAGGCUACAAGCAGUGGGUCGCACAGGCAGGUACCCUGGUGGCAGACCUGCUCACCUGUGCUGGCGCGGAUCACAUCAUCACCAUGGAUUUGCACGACCCGCAGUACCAGGGCUACUUCGAUAUCCCUGUGGACAAUCUCUACGGACGUCCUCUUCUGAAGAGCUACAUUCAACGCAACAUCCCUAACUACAAGCAGGCCGUCAUCGUCAGCCCCGAUGCAGGUGGUGCUAAGCGCGCCACGGCCAUUGCCGACUCCAUGGGCAUGGAGUUCGCCCUUAUUCACAAGGAGCGCCGGCCCACAAAAAUUACAGACCGCCAGAAUGCCACCAUGAUGCUGGUGGGUGAUGUCCGUGACCGGACAACCAUUCUCAUUGACGAUCUGGCGGACACAUCCAACACAAUUACCCGGGCGGCGAAGCUCCUAAAGAAGGAAGGUGCCUCCAAGGUGUACGCCUUGGUGACCCACGGCAUUCUGAGCGGCGAUGCCAUCGAGCGCAUCAACGCCAGCUCCCUCGACAAGGUAGUGGUGACCAACAGCGUGGAUCAGAGCGACCACCUGCGCCGCUGCCCGAAGCUUGAGGUCCUAGAGGUCGGCCACGUUUUUGCUGAGGUGCGUUACAUACGUCCAAUCCAUUACGCCACUUGA